AUGGCUCCUCCAGAAGCAACCCAAAACACGCCGCUCGCACCCUCGGUAGAAAAGGCUUACUACCGCAAGUGCAUCGAGCUCAAGCGCCGCCUGAACGACGUCGAAGAAGCCAACGAUGCCGCCCGCCAACGCAAAGCCCGUCUCAACAGAGCAAUCAUGAAGAUGCGCCUCGAACGCGCUUUCCUGCUCGAACAACUCGCAACCCGUCUGCAGAACACAACCGACGGCCCUGAUAAGACGACGAGCGAGAACAACAAUGCCACCACGACCACCACACACAGCGACUAG